AUGCAGAAACUGUGGAGGAAAAGCCCCAUUCUUUGUACUCCUCUGUGUACUAGUCCUACUCUAGCUCCAUUUUCAUUCUCCAUCCAUAAAAACUCAAUCCCUUUGGCUUUCAAAAACCCCUCUCUCUCUUCUUCUUCUUCUUUAUCUUCCUCUGUUUUCCCAAUGCCCACCGCUUCCUCUUUCGCUAGCGGCGCAGCCCUCGCCGGCUCUUUCUCCAAGACACGCGCUUCUACCGUUUCUUCUCGUUUUGCCGCCGUCGCAGCCGCGGCUUCCAGAAACGGCAGCAUUUGCCGAUGCUCAACCGGGAACAGGGCACCGUUUCGGGCGUGGGUAGCGUGUAAGAACGGCCGGCGUCCAGGGCACAGGGCCGCGUGGCUUCAAACUGCCGUUGAGGGUACGAAGAAAUCUGAAGAGGGUUUGGUGUGUUUUAGUGAUGGUGAAGGUGGAGAAGCCGAAAAGGGUUCGGAGGAGAAGCCGCCUGUGCGGUCGCAUAACAGGAGGCAAAGGGGUUCGUCGUCCGGUGGUGGUGGUUUGACCGAUAACCCGGACUUGUUGACCAUUCCGGGAGUGGGUCCAAGAAAUUUGAGAAAACUGGUGGAGAAAGGUAUUUCUGGUGUUGCUGAGUUGAAGCAAUUGUAUAAAGAUAACUUCUUCGGAAAAUCUAGUCAAAAAAUGGUGGAGUUUUUGCAGGAUUCUGUAGGAAUUAUUCACCGUAACCAUGCCGAGAGUAUAACUACUUAUAUCAAAGAGAGUGUUGAUGAAGAAGAUAUGAAGAUUUCAGGCCAAAACCAGAAGAAGAAACGGCUUACUUUCUGUGUUGAGGGAAAUAUCAGUGUUGGAAAGACAACAUUCCUUCAAAGAAUAGCUAAUGAAACAAUUGAGCUACGUGAUCUUGUUGAGGUUGUUCCUGAACCCAUUAACAAGUGGCAAGAUGUUGGACCAGACCAUUUCAACAUAUUGGAUGCUUUCUAUGCUGAGCCUCAGAGGUAUGCCUAUACUUUUCAGAACUAUGUUUUUGUGACAAGGGUUAUGCAGGAGAGAGAGUCAUCUAGUGGUAUAAAGCCACUUAGGUUGAUGGAAAGGAGUGUUUUUAGUGAUAGAAUGGUGUUUGUGAGAGCUGUGCAUGAAGCAAAAUGGAUGAAUGAGAUGGAGAUUAGCAUUUAUGACUCAUGGUUUGAUCCAGUUGUUUCAUGUUUGCCUGGGCUUAUUCCUGAUGCUUUCAUCUACCUUAGAGCAAGCCCUGAUACUUGUCACAAGAGAAUGAAGCUGCGAAAACGAAACGAGGAAGGAGGAGUGACAUUAGAGUAUCUCAGUGACCUGCAUGAAAAGCAUGAGAGCUGGCUUUUCCCUUAUGAAAGUGGCAAUCAUGGGGUCUUGUCUGUUAAUAAAUUACCUUUACAUUCAGACAAUUCGUUGCAUCCUGAUAUUAGGGGGAGAGUGUUCUUCUUAGAAGGAAAUCAUAUGCAUUCAAGUAUUCAAAAGGUACCUGCUUUGGUUCUUGACUGUGAACCCAACAUUGAUUUCAGUAAAGACAUUGAUGCAAAGAGACAGUAUGCUCGCCAAGUCGCGGAGUUCUUUGAAUAUGUGAAGAACAAGAAAGAAGAUGACCCUACAAAGAAAGCUGGAGAUGAAGGCAAGAAGACUAAGCAACCUCGGAUAUUGUUGCCACCUGAUGGUGAACUAUGGGUUCCUAAUAAGCAUUUUCCGGGCUCAGCCCUGAAAUCUCUGGAUUUCAGACGAGCCAUGUCGCUCAUGUCUGGCUAAAGUGAAGGUAUUUUAGAUUUAGAUUCAUCUAGGGAGUGUGUGUGGUGUGGUGGUAUUGUUUUGUGGAGGGGAGUUGUCUCUAGGUGAUGAUGUAUCUAAAGAUUCUUGUGCACGUAUAAAAAUGUUUAGGUGUGUAGUCUUGGAGAUGUAGAGAGAAUAGUUAUGAUGUAAAAACAUGAUGUGUCGGUUGACAUGUUUUAGAUGUCAUUCGCUUAGAAAUCGAUGUCUUGUGUUUUUGUACAACCGAUGUGAUGUUGGGAUGGGAUCAGUAAUGAUUAAAAACUGUUCGAUUUUCCUUUUUUAGAA